GUGCGCUUCAGAGGGCAGUUUGAAUCAGAGGAAUCACAACACCCAUCGUCUGAGACUCAAAAUGAAGCGAUUCGUGAUCAUCUAUGUUAUUUUCGCUCGUGAUUUUCGGCUCGUCCUCAGUGUUGCCUUGAGUGACACACCGAUUCUUGGAUCGGAAAAUAACAAUCCCAGACUUCUCAGCAAAGAUAUUCCCAGUGUUGGAUUUGAUUACCAAGUCUCUCAAAACCACAGCGUGUUUUUCUAUCAGGAGGACUAUGACGAGAUGUAUGUCGGAGGGACUGAUUUUGUGUUAAAACUUAAUGGGGAUGACUACCGUGUUAUAGAGAGAUAUCCCCUGAAAACAACAGGACAAGAACACUGCCAAGAGGGCCUCUGUGAAAAUGUCAUCACCGUCAUAGAGAGGUUUCAGGACAGCCUGUUUGUCUGUGGGACGAAUGGACAGAGACCGCAGUGUUGGAAGCUUUUUUCUUCAGUGAACAAUCAGUCUUAUGAAAUAGUUGAGAGCUAUGAAGGGACUGGCAUCUCUCCGUUCGCAUACACACAGAAUUACCUGUCCCUCACUGUAGAGGGAGAUCUGUAUUCAGCAGCACCUUUGGAUAUGGAUGGCAGCUCAUUACAAUUCAGGAGGAAAGCUGGCAGCAGAACGAAUGUGUGGAUGUAUGACAACUGGGUGUCAGAGCCCACGUUCAUCUCUGCAUCCUGGGUGAGGCGGCCAGAAGACCCUGACAACGAGAAGAUAUACAUCUUUUUCCGCGAGAAGAACUUGGAUCCCAGCCCAGAGGCUGACCCAUGGAUAUCUAGGGUGGCCAGAGUUUGUAAGGCAGAUGAAGGCGGACCAAAAAGAUUCUUCCAGAACAUGUGGACAUCCUUCCUUAAGGCGCGGCUUGUCUGCGGUUCCAAAGAGUCACUGUAUUUCAACCGUCUCCAGGAUAUCUAUGUGAUGCACGCUGAGGACUGGGAUGACACCAGAGUGUAUGGCCUUUUUACAAGCAGCUGGAAUGCCACAGCAGUUUGUGUCUACACUGUAGGAAUGAUUGAAGAUAUAUUUGAGAACUCAACUUUCAAGGGCUACGACAAAGACAUCCCCACCCCACGACCGGGGACGUGUGUAAAAAAUAGCAGGAGCCUACCGCUGGCCACACUCAACAUGGUGAAGGAACACCCAGAAAUGACUGACUGGGUUCACCCUGUGCAUUCUACCACUCCAUUUUAUAUAAGCAACAACAACUACACAAAGAUAACUGUGGACCGAGUCACAGGAGCGGACGAGAACAUGUAUAAUGUUCUGCUUUUAGCAACUGAUUCUGGGAAGAUCCAUAAAGUGUUAGAGGCCGGGUCACAACCCUUCAUCAUCUCUGAAACACAACUCUCCAGCCGCUCAAGCAUACGAUCAAUGAAACUGGACUCUAAAAGGAAAAAGUUAGUGGUGGGUUUCUCUGAGAAAAUAUCCACAGUGGACCUCCAGAGGUGUCAGGAAUAUAACAAGUCCUGCCAAGAGUGCGUUUUAGCCCGGGACCCGUACUGUGCCUGGACGGAGUCUGGAUGCACCCCAACUGCCCCUGAAGGCAUUCAAAAUAUCAUGGAUGGGAACACGAGUGUGUGCUCCUCUUUAGAAGAAACAAAGCAAGUAAGCCGGACCAAACGGGAGACAUUUCCAGCAUCACCAGCAGAUUUGCGAGCAGAUCACGCAGUCCCCCUGGGAGUUCCUUUCUAUCUCUCCUGUCCUAUAGACUCAUACCACGCUGCCUACAUCUGGGAACAUGGAGGACAAACCAGACCUUGUCUGCAAAUGCAGUCAAACUGUCUGCACUUAAUCCCUUCCAUGGAACAAGACAGCUACGGAACCUACAAGUGUGUGUCGAAAGAAAAGGACUUCACCAAAGUGGUGAAAAAUUAUCAGCUUAUGGAGCAAAAGAUUGUAGAAACAACGUCAAGCGGUGAGAAAAGCGACACCCCUAAAAAAGAAAUGACGCAUCAGCUAUUGUUCCACAGAUCAUUUUCAUCACCCUUGGACAGGCUGUAGCAGUUUUGGGGAUGUUGUGAUAUGGUCGUCUCACUGAAAAGUUUUCAUGUUGGUGUAAUGUAAAUGCAGCACCAGCAUUCUCAGGGCCCUUUUUAUGCAUAUGCUUUUCUAGCCAGCACUCAUACAGCUUCAAAGGGAAACCAACACAGAACAGGUCUGCAACUCAGAGGUUUAAGUUGGAAGAAUUUCUCCCUGAACCUUAAACUGUAUUUGCAGGUGGUUAGAUAGCUGUGUUUGGCAGAGAAUUCUGGUUAUGAAAACAUGUCUUGGUCGAGUUUAGUUUGACAAAAGAGGCUAAGCUUAAAAAAGGUGUAACAGAGGAAGAAAGCAAUUGGAAAAAGGGCCUUAAUGGUUUGUUUGGAUUGUCUGAUGAUCAGUCAACUGAAACAGAAUGUGCUUGAACUACUGGCAGCGUUUCAGUGAGUAAGCUUCUGUCGAUGAUAAGGGAUUAAAGAACUUGUAAGAGGUAAUCUGAAGGACUUCCUUUGAACAAAGGUGUAUGGAUGCAUAAUUGUAACAAGUGGAGGAGCCACAGUUGGAACAGCACAUAGUGAGUGUAGUUUAAAUGGUCUGAUGGUGGUAGGGUGUUCCUGUGUAAACUUCCUCUGUGCCUCAGCCCAGCUCUUUGUUCAUAGAUUAUUUUUAAUAAGUGUUUAGGGAAGGGGUGGAGGUGGACAGGGACACCCACUGCAUUUCCAUGUUUUGUUCAACUUUCCCGCUGAAACAGUCUGGUCGGAGAGCUGUUUAGAAAACGUGGAACAUGAAACUGAUUUUCUGUGAAACAGAAAAUGUCAAACUGUAUUUUUUUAACAAACCAUUUUUGGCCAAAAAUUUUAAAUAUCUUUGAAUAAAAAAAAUUGCAUACAGACACUUUAUUAAGUAAGCAUUGCACUUUAUGUAGAACAGAUCUGAGAUAGUUCACAAAGGUUGACGUUUUAACUGAACCCACACUGUGGGCACACACUUGAUAGUGGCUUUUCUUAGAAAUGAGAGUUUAGGUGUAACAGGGUUAUGGUUACUGCAAGAAUAACCAAGUAGCAAGUAGUGAAAGAACCACUUCACUGACAAGAACAAGGUUGCUAAAGAUGCUUAUUUUGAAGGACUCUAAUAUUAGCAACAAAAGCUUUGAGAAAAUUAACAUCAAAAAUUUUUUCCCAUCAAUUCAGCUUUUCUGAAUAUCUGUUCUGUGUUAUCUGUCAUAUCUUAAUGCUUAAGUUGCUGUGCUCCUUUAAAAUUAUAUUUUUUCAAGUAAUAAGCUAUAAUUAUUUAUAAUGUACAUUUUUAUUUUGGUGCAAUACUAAUGUUUAUUUAAGUGCAAAAUGUUAGAUUUUUGUAUGCGAGCAAUAUAAAAUGAUAAAUAAAAUAUUAAUUUCUAAAAUUGUUUAUUUUUACAUUAUUAUUUAUUGAACUUUCCACCUGAAGAGUGUAAGUAAACAUAUUUAAUAUGAAAAAUGGAUUGAAGCUGUUAAUCUUUAUCAUUGUUCACAAAGCAAUCCACUCAAACCUCUGUUAGAGGUAGAACUUGUCAUUUAAUAGGUCAUGUCCUCAUCAUUAAUGCCAGAGUAAACAACAUGCACUCAGUUCAGGUCUACAGACUACACUGUAAGUGUCUUUACUGUAAUCUCUCUUCUUCCAGGAUCUACUAAUUACUUCAAAGUAAGAACAUCGUGUUUAGACAGAGUCCCAAUCCCAACACCAGCACUAUCUUUAGAUGUCGCCCUACAACCACUCGGAAGAAAAUCCCGGAUUCUCAUCAGAUUUUCUAUGAGAUUAAGUAAAGCUCAAAGAGCACUCCUUUGUUUCAUCUCAAAUUUAAGAUGAUCACAUCAAACAUCUACACAGCACGGUCAUCACAGUGUGCCAACUCUUUCUUAUAACCAGACCUCACUGCUUCUUUGUUGGGUUGUAUGGAUUGAACAUUAUUUUCUUUUAACCAUGUUUUUAAAUGAUAUAUGAAGAUAAAUGACACAUAUUUUCUGUUUGUUUUCAUUUGUUGUGACAUCCCAGACUUCACAAGUUGUCUUCCAUGCAGUUGAGGCACAGCAUAAAUACAGAUGGUCCACCCACUGCACUAACAUUGUAGUCAGGCCACUUUAGGAAAGAUCAUGGAUUCUCUGACCUAAGCCGAGACAAUGAUCUCACAGCAAAAAGUCUCCUGAGUUUGUCUCCACUUAAUAGCUGCUCUGCUACUUCUAGUUAAGGUGGAGAUUUAAAUUUCCUAGGAUGUGGGGUGAAUUUAAUGCGUCUGCAGUGUGUGAAUCAUGAGCCACUCUGUUUUAUAAAAUCCACACCCUCUCUGCUUACACUUAAACAAUUAUAUGACAAGUGGUCACUUCUUUCACUCCACUCCAUAAUGUCCAGUAAACAUGAAGGAUUUUCUGCAGGGCUACAAUAAGAAUCACAAUCUGUAUCCACUUUACUAUCAGCAGCCCUGAGUUUGGAUAGGGCCACAUUGCAGUGUAAACUAAGAUACGGUGACAAUGAGCUCUGCUGUCCUCUGAGACCUUGAUUCCCAGGGAGCUUAGUUUUUCCUGUUGGGGAUUGUUAACAGGAAAGUUCAUUACGAGAAAGCCAAAGUACAGGAAAUUAUAUAACAAAAACAAACUAACACAUAUCACGCAAAUCAGUUUUCUGGGCAAGGAAAACAAAGUCAUGAGUAGAGGAAUGAACCCCACCCAGGCAGUAAUUGCAUUUACAGAUCUGAGUCAGCAGAGGUCAGUCUUGUUUAACAGAGAUGACGUGGAAAACCCAAACUAAAUCCCAACUAUCAGUGUAAUGACAGGUUUCUUGGUUAUAAAAAUGCCUGAUCUGUAGUUCUGACGUAUGUCCACUGUCAUUCAUAAAAUAUAAUCAUUCUA